UCACGAUCGCAAACACGAUCACUUGAGCACCUCUUUGGGCUGAGCGCAGCGUUGAAAAAUUCUGCCGCUGAUUUCUCGCUGCGCCGAGAGCUGCGUUCAAUGUGGCUGCGACUGUUGAGCUGAUCGGUUGAACGCGACUGAAUUCAAACGUAGCAAACGAAUUGAAACUUGAAAAAGACUGAAGAGGAAUUUAAAUCGUAAUCUCCAUUAUGCCGCAAUCGAGUUUCUUUGCGCGGAGCGUGCCAUUCGAGCAGAUCGACAAACUGGCCAUCAGCGGUGGUUACUCUUCGAUCUACGCCAGCAGCGAGCCCGGCGUGCCUGUGGUGGGUCAGUGGGAGCAUCGCUUCUGUCGCCUAGCGGAUACAUUUCAGUCUGUACUGGAUCGCGUGUAUGAGUUCGAGGUGCGCGAGGAUGAUGUGUGGAUAGUGACGCUGCCCAAGUGUGGCACCACUUGGAUGCAGGAGCUCAGCUGGCUGGUUCUGAAUAACUGUGACUUUGACACAGCCAAGAGCGUGGAUCUCACCAUACGUUCACCCUUUUUGGAAUUCAAUGGCGUUGUCCCAAAUGUGCCACACGACACCAUCGAAGCAGCGAAUGCUUUGAGUUCGCCACGAUUGAUCAAAUCGCAUUUGCCCGCUUGGCUGCUGCCUCGUCAGGUAUGGACCAAGAAGCCCAAGAUUAUCUAUGUGUAUCGCAAUCCCAAGGAUGCAGCCAUUUCGUAUUUCCAUCACUGGCGGGGAAUGGUUGGAUAUCAGGGCACGAAGGCGGACUUUAUGCAUUCGUUCAUCGAUGGCUAUGUAAACUUUACGCCCUGCUGGCCACAUGUGCUCGAUUUUUGGCAGCUGCGCCACAGGGAUCACAUCUAUUUCACCAGCUAUGAACGCAUGAAGACGCAACUCGACGAGGUCAUCAAAGAUGUGGCGCAUUUCCUGCAACGUCCCGUUAGCGUUGAACAAAGACAGCAGAUGAUCCAGCAUUUGUCAUUUGAGAGCAUGCGCGACAAUCCGGCCUGCAAUCAUGCCAAGGAAUUCGAGAGCAUGAAGGCGGCAGCCGGACGCGAAGUGGAGGAGUUCAGUGUUGCUCCACACAGGUUUGUGCGUCGCGGUGUUGUGGGCAGCCACAAAGAUGAGAUGACCGCCGACGUUAUACGAGAAUUUGAUCUUUGGUCCGACAUCAAUCUGAGGGAGUACAAAUUGCACAUUGAUGACUUUGCAACUUACAGCAAGUUCUCUUAAUGCGCGCAGUUAUUGUAAGCACAUUGAUUAAUCAUUUUAAUAGAUUGUAAGCUCAAGUGAUAUUCACAUGUACAGACGGAUAGAUAAGUGUGUUUAUGUAUUUUGCUAUAAAUAAAUGCAUUAAUAAAUAUUAUUACAAACUCA